AUGAAGGCCCUACUUCUUACGGCUACCUUGACACCUUACCCAACCGACUGCUCGCAUCUAAGCGCCCCGCACGUCUCAGGAGCCAAAGUGCUUUCAAUCAACGCAACAGAACGAUGGAACUACUCGGUCCCAGCUACGCCUCCGUUCCUUUUUUCCCCUGUCCAGGGCCUCAAUAUCUGUGACGUUACCGUCUUGCUCACCCAUACUGGAGCACUGCAUCGUCAAGUGACCGUGAAAGUCUGGCUUCCACUCCAGGAUUGGAACGGCAAGUUUCAAGCAAAUGGUGGAUCGGGAUAUGCUGCUGGCGAACUCGAUCUCACGCUUGGUCCAACGGUUAAGGAGGGAUAUUCUUCUGCGUCUACCGAUGCCGGUGUUGGACUGAACCCGUUAAGCCCCGAAGCGUGGGCACUCAAUAAAGAUGGAUCGGUGGAUUUUGACGCUUUGAUUGACUUCUCCUACCGCUCUGUGCACGAUAUGGCUAUCGUGGGUAAAGAAUUGACAAGACAGUUUUACGGCACUAAACCCAAAUAUUCUUACUGGAACGGCUGUUCAACCGGUGGACGACAGGGAAUGGUUGCUGCUCAGAGAUAUCCGGAUCUAUUUGACGGCAUUCUAGUUGGAGCACCGGCAAUAAAUUGGGCGAAGUAUGUUGUUGCAGAGCAAUGGCCACAAGUUGUGAUGCAGCAGGAGCAGACUUUUCUUUCCGCCUGUGAGCUGAAAUUCUUCUCUGACGCUGCAAUCAAUGCAUGUGAUGAGAUGGAUGGAGUGAAGGAUGGAAUCAUCACUGAUCCUGAAAAUUGCUCUUAUGACCCUUUCCAGUCCGUUGGACAAGUUAUUCAAUGUGACGGGCACUGCAUCACAAUAACUAAUUCUUCAGCAACUGUUAUUCGAAAGACUCUGUAUGGACCCCUGGAUCCUUUCGGACGACAGCUUUGGUAUGGACUCAACCCAGGUGCUCCGUUAGACAGCCUGGUCAAUUCAACUACGAAUCUCAACGGCACAAGGGUUGGAAACUCCUUCUUCGUCAACGACCAGUGGAUCAGAUACUUCUUAGCCCGGGAUCCUAACUACAACACUACACAGAUUGAUUACGACACCUUCCUUGAUUUCUUCUGGCAAUCAUACACCGAGUACGACGGUAUAAUCGGUACAGACGAUGCCGAUUUAUCCUCCUUCAACCAUCACGGUGGUAAACUGCUCAUGUGGCAGGGUUUGUCCGACCAGUUGAUCUUUCCUGGUGGAACAAUCAACUACCGUGAUCGCGUGGAACAUCGCAUGGGAGGAGCAAACAGGACAAAUGAUUUCUUCAGGCUAUUCCUUGCUCCCGGUGUUGACCAUUGCGCUGUGGGCACGACCGUUGGAGCAACCCCAGAUGAUCCAUUUCUGGAAUUAGCCAACUGGGUCGAACAAGGACAAGCCCCGGAAACGAUUCCAGCGACAGUCAACGAUGGGACUGAAGCGAAGAGAAUCAUUUGCGCAUAUCCGCAGGUUGCAACUUACUGCGGUGGUGAUACAAAGUCCGCUACUAGCUAUAAAUGUGUAUAA